AUGUUGUGGAGAACAGACAUUUAUAUUGUUUUACCUUUUAUUUUUUUCCAUAUUAAUAAUAAUAAUGUAAUAGCAGAUAGUUUUAUUACAAUAAGAGAAAUAAAAUUGUUUGAAGGAUAUCCUUUGGAUUCUCUACUUAAUUUUACAGAACUUACUUCAGUGCACGGAUAUCAUACUGAAGAACACACGGUAGUAACAGAAGAUGGAUACGUCCUGACAAUAUUUAGGAUACCGAAAGGAAAAAAUUGUGAAGGACCUUUAAAAGAACCUCCUGUUUUAAUUAUGCAUGGCUUGUUAAUGAGUUCUGAUCUCUGGUUGGAUUCAGGUCCAGGUGCUGGACUGGCAUACCUCAUUUCGGAUGACUGCUACGAUUUAUGGGCAGGGAAUGUACGAGGAAAUUAUUACGGAAAGAGACAUGAAACACUUAAUUCAAAUACGGAUAUCGAUUUUUGGGAGUUUUCUGUAAAUGAAAUGGGACGCUUCGAUUUACCUGCUAUAAUUGACUAUAUUGUAAAUUACACCUCAUCCGAGACAAUUAAUUAUGUCGGAUACUCGCAAGGUGCCUGCAUUUACUUUAUAAUGUGUUCCGAGAGACAGGUAUACUGUGACAAAGUUCAAGUAGGUAUAUUCUUAGCACCAAGUGCAAGAAAUUUAUAUACCAUAUCCAUUGCAUUUAGAUUAAUAACCGAGGCGUAUGCAGUCAGUUACCCCUUAUUAACUGAAAUAGGUAUUUACGAAGCUUUACCUUUGGGUGGUAUAGUGCAACAGGCAGCUGCAUUUAUUUGUAAAGAUUACAUACUCGCAGAUACAUUAUGCAGAGCGAUUAUGAGUAUUUUAGAUUCGCCCCAUCCAGACUCAGUAGAGACGGAAACCAUUCGCGUCCUUGUAGGUCAUUUUCCAGCUGGAACUUCAGUCAAAAAUAUGGUAUGGUAUAGUCAAUCUCUAAAUGCUGAUAAUUUUCAAAAUUUCGAUUAUGGAACUGUGGCAAAUCUGGAAACUUACAAUUCCAAUAAACCUCCAGCUUAUAAUUUAAGUGCGACAACGACUCCAACAGUUCUAAUUAAUGGGAGAAAUGAUUUUUUAACUACACUUGCAGAUGUAGAAUGGUUAACAAGUAAAUUGCCAAAUGUUAUUGAACAUUAUAUUGUAGAAGACGAUUUUCUAUGGAACCAUAUUGAUGUUCCGUAUAGUAAAUUAACAAGUAAAGAAAUUUUACCAAAGAUAACGGAAGCUUUGUGGAAAUAUAGUAAAGAAGUCGAAGAUGAUUAA